ACUCAGUUAUUCAAAUCACCUUAUAGAGAUGAUUACACACUUCUACAUUCUAAUCAAACAAAAAAUCAUUUCUUGUGCUCAGCCCGUGCUUUUGCAUGAGAUAUUUACAAUUAUGUUAUAAAUUAUGAUGUAGCCAUAACAGAGUAACGAAUAAAGGUAACGUGCUGGAGAUGUUAUGGACGAGAAUGAUGAAAGUGAAAAAUACGAACUGGUGCCUCCAGAUGGUGGGUGGGGUUGGUUAGUCCUGUUCGGAUGCACAUUAAUCAAUCUAUUAAUUCCUGGAACUAUUAAAUCAUUUGGUGUUUUAUUCGUAGAAUUUUUAGAAAUAUUUGAAUUUUCUGAAAUCGCAGCUUCAUGGAUUCCUGCGUUAUGUUAUUUUCUUUACUGCUCUUUAGGUCCUUUAACCAGUUAUUUAACGCACAAAUUCUCUUACCGGACCAUUACGCUGGUUGGCGGAACGAUAGCUUCAAUUGGAAUGAUAACUAGCUAUUUUGCUACAUCAGUAUUGCACUUAUGCAUAACUUUUGGUUUCUUAUUCGGAGUUGGAGCUGGAUUAUCAUUUCCUCCUGGUAUAUUCAUUGUUACUUCAUAUUUUCAAAAAUACCGAGGGUUUGCAAAUGGGAUCGCUAUUUCAGGCAGUGCUUUCGGUUCCAUGAUUCUACCGCCUUUGUUGAGAUAUUUAGUGGAAAAUUAUGGAGUGAAUGGAGCUGUUUUAAUUAUGGGAGCUAUUUCAAUGAACGUAUGGGUCGGAGCUCUGUUCUAUCAUCCAGUCAGUUGGCAUAUGAAAAAAGUUCCCUUAUCGUGUGAUGUAAUAGUCUUCAAUGAAAAAACAGAAUUACCUCAGAUGGUAGUGUCUGAUACCGAUUUAGCUGAGAAAAAACAUUAUAUUCGUGUCACCAAAACGGAUGAUAAAAAUGAAACCAUAAAUUUGGUUUCAACAGCUUCUGAGAAAAAUAUUACAACCAACUCAAACUUUCUAUUUAAUUCUAAAAAAACACAUUUGAAUCAGCCCUUUAGAGGAAGUCAAAAUUCAUUGCGCAGAAAUUCAAGUUAUUUGUCCAUCUCUUCCGUAAAAUUUGCAGGUUCUAGCGAAGGCACUUUGGGUAGAUUACCAGAGAGUGUUUCUCAACUCACAUUGAAAUCUUUGGAAUCUUUUGAAAAACCGGCAGCUAUAUCGAAAAACGUAACAAAACUGGAGAAAGAGACGCACUUCGUAGAUUUAUUAAGAAAUCCUGUAUUUGUCAUUAUAAUGAUAUCCAAUGCCACAACUGCAAUUGGUUAUACGAAUUUUACGAUAUUUUUACCAUACUAUGCAAUUUCAUUGAAUUAUGAUAAAACUAUUUCUUCCUGUUUACUGUCAAUUGUUGCCUUCUUUGAUUUAAUAGGUAGAAUCGGGGGCUCAACUAUAUCUGAUAUUUUACCAUUACAUAAAAAAUAUUAUUUCAUCUUAGGUUUAAUGAUUUCUGGUAUAUCUUUAGUUGUUCUGCCAUUGGUAAAUACUUACACAACGUUAUGCAUUGCAUGUGCAAUAUUUGGAUUAUCUUCGGGAACCUACACAGGAAUAACUGUAGUUACCAUGGUAGAGAUGUUGGGAGAAGAAAAGUUAGCUACCUCUUAUACUUUAUCGUUGUUUGUGAAUGGAGUUCUCCAAUUAGUGGGACCUCCAAUUUGUGGAGCUAUUCAUACUAAUCUUAAUUCAUUUGGCGCAAUAAUAAGCGGUUUAGGCAUAACUAUAACAAUAGGAGCAGGGGUUUGGAUUGUUUUACCAUUUGUGACUCCAAAGGAUAAAUAAUCUGUGAGAGUUUCAUUCAUUUUUUGUUCGUUUUUUAAUUUUAGAAAAAUAUGAUUGAAUGUUGUACAUAUUAUGGUUAAAUUGUUUUCUACAUAAGAACUAAGCUCUGCUUUAAUUACUCUAUGUUUUCUCUCUAUUUUUUUCAAUAUUGAAAUAUAUACCCUACCUAUUAUUUUCUAAAGGCUGUUACGUCAAAUGUCUGAAUAAUAUUUACAUUAAGCUAAAUGUUAGACAACUGAAACAUGUCUAUUAAAACCAGACAUGUGCGUAACCGAAGUUACCGAAAAAUUUUGUUGCAUCUAAUGCAAAAACAUUCAGUACCUAACAUAUCAACGUCAUCAACGAAAUUAGAACUAUGGUAAGAUAUGUAUUUAUUUAUUACUCCGUUUUCUUUAUGUGUAGCUAAAUAAUAUUGUCAUGUUUUUUCAAAUACAUACAAACAUUUCUAACAAUAACAACUUUCAAUUUAGUUUGCCAUGAUUGUCAUACCUAUCCAUGUCAAGGAACUGACCUAAAUUAAACGAAGUUAUCUGUUAUUAAAAUGAAAAAUAAUUACAUACCUAACUGUA